UUACUAGCUUAUCAGUGAACUAACUCAAUCAAAACGGUCUUUAAGUGUUGAUAACGUAAUUAAUUGAACCAAUUAAAAUAAUGGGAAAAUUUCAAAUUAUUUUACUGUUUUCGGUUGUAACGUGUACGAUUAUAUCGACAGUACAAUCUGUCCCGGUGUCCGAUACAAGUGUCGAAAGUGAAAAUGCAGCUAAAUGCAAAAAAUUGUGCGGAUUCUGUGGCUGUGCUGGAUAUUACUGUGGUGAUGAAUGUCUGUGCGAAUGUAACAGUGCUGCCGACGGCGACGCAGAAUGUGUGAACACGAUGAAAAGUAAUUGCAAAAAAUUGGAACUACCAUUCGAAGUCCUGAUCCAGGGUCCCAAUGCAAAUCGCAUGGUUCGAAGCUUACUGUACGCGAAUCCAGAUGAAGAGGUUUGUGUUCAAUCGUCCGAAUCGAAUCAAAAGAAACGAAGCACAAUCAGCAUCUACAAGCCCAACGAAAUUCGACAAAAGGAUGAAGUUCUCACGUCGCCAAUGGUCGGAGAUGCAGCUACACAUUUAAGUGAUAGUCCAAUAGUUCAUGUUAUUGUUGCACAAAAAACAGAAUCAAAAGUUGCAGACGUUAAGCCAGUGAAAAUUGAAGCCAUCAACAAGGAUAUUACAACAAACGAGGAGGUUAUAUUCAACGAGGAAAUUACAACCAAUGAGGAUAUCACAAACAACGAGAAUAUUCAUUUCGAAGGAAACACAGAAAAUAUGGAAAAAUCAGGAGUUGAUGAUACACAUACCAACUCCCAAAACGACAAUUAUAACCUGCCUGUAUCAAGUGAUGCUGUUGACCGCACAAAUAUCAAAAGACACAUCAUUGAUGUAAACCAGGACAUUUCAGAAUAUCCCAGUUUGGACGAUGACAGUUAUAUGUACAAACGAGAUGCUGAGGAGCCAAUUCCAGAGCCUGCUGUAGAUGACACUGUUGCAGCAGCAGCGCCUCCAGCACCACCAGCACCUUUGCCAAAGAUGCGUAAAAUUCUUGAUAGUAUUCCAUCCAGUACCGAAAUUCAAAACGCAUGGGACGCUGUUCGUGCCGAAAUGAAUGAAAAAAUCAAUUUGACUAUCGCUGCUGCACAAAAGAAAGCUGCUGAUUUACGAUCAAAAUUUUCUCCAGCACCAGCACCUUUACCAUCACCAGCUAAACCAGCAUCGCCAUUAAAAUUCAAUCCAUUCAACAAAUUCGAUAAAGAUGUUGGCGCAGCAAGCAACCCAGCCGUUCCAUUCCUACCGAUCAAUCCAUUAUCGCCAAUUCCCAUUGACACACAAUUUGCCAAAAAUAUUGCUGCAGCCAGGGCAGCCUUGUUACCAAAUCAAUUAGCUAAAAAUUAUCGGGCAAAUGACUUCAGAAAGAGAUGGAACAAGGGCAGUUGGUUGACUCCAUGGUUGGUCGGCUCACCUCAGGACGACGAACAACCACAAGGUGCCGGUGAUGUUGGUGCACCACCUCCAGAAGAACCAAUUCCACCAGUUGAGGAGCCGAAGACAGAAUAGAUGGAGCUAAAAUCCCUCCCCUUGUGUUAUUGUAAUUAAAAUAACAACAAAAGCAUCACUUGUGCAAAGUCUUCGUUGUCGCUCAUCAACCAAUACAGGACCAAAAUUUGCAUUGAGCGUUUUUUUUAUACUAUUUUUGUACAACCAAAUCGAUAGAAAUAAAUUUUGUUAAAAUAAC